AUUCGGCAAGAUACAAAUCGAUUUUUCAAAAAAUCUAAGUUUUGACAGGAGAUUUCCCAAUUUAGGAAACUUUAUCGUCAUAAAAUCUACAAAUUAUGCAAAUCUACAUACUUUCUCUUUACAGUGUACGCACGGGGUGAAGGAAGAAAUAUGAGACCCGCAGGUCGUGGAAAGUUGAAUUUACGUAAAAAUCUUGAUUUCGUCACUAUUCUAAUUAAUCAGCAGGCUUAAAUAUUUAUACUUCGGUCAGACUACAAAGCACAAUUCACAUUCGUACCUGAUAAGAUAAUAGGUUUUAACAAAUAAGCAAUUUUUAUAACGAUGUGAUAGUUUUAUUUUAAAUUGGACGACAAGGAAGAAACUUCUUGCUAGAAAAGAAAACGUUUUUUAAAUACCAAGAAGAAGAAGCUUCUUAAUAAAAAUCAGGCGAACGUUUUUACACUUUUUACCAAACAAAGUCACCUAUUUACCUUGAUGUCACUCACACUGAUUACCAAUCAGCGUCGAUGGAAAACGAUAAAUAAUGAUCAAGUCGGCCUCGUCGCCUUCCGGAAGUGAAGGAACCGUCGUUGAACCUACUGAACGCAUGGUCAUGCCACAACGGAGCCGGAUGGACUCCACCCCAUCAUUAUUCCGCUCUUCGAGGGACUUUGAAAACCUAAAAACCGAGCGUGGUCGUUUAGCCACAUUUUCUCUACCGCCCGGCUGGCCCGUGACCUUUAUUCGGCCCCAGGACUGCGCAAAAACGGGAUUUUUCUACUUAGAAGACGGCGACAAGGUACAAUGCGCAUUUUGUCGCGGAAUUGCGGGCGAGUGGGAGGAGGGAGACAAUCCAUCGGUCGAACAUCGCAGACAUUUUCCUCGCUGUCCGUUCGUGUGUGACUUACCCGUGGGCAACGUUCCUCUUGGUCAGGAACCGGAAACGGAGGAGGAAGCCCAAGCAGGAAGUGAGGACGUGUGUGGAAUCUUUCUCCCUCCAGAACAACAGCCUGCUUAUCUCCGUGGGGCGCGACCUCUGGAUGAAAAUGUUGCUGCAAGUUUACCAGUUUCUGGGGCGUCCAAUCUUGUCACGUACGACGCACGUGUGAAAUCCUUCGCCUCCAAGUGGCCCACGUGUCUGACCGGACAGACUCCAGAAAGUCUGGCGGAAGCUGGAUUCUCUUAUCUGGGAGGAUUCGACCACGUUUCGUGUUUCCAGUGUAAGGGGGCCCUUCGAAACUGGGUGCCAGGGGAUGAUCCUUGGGUCCAACAUGCCCGAUGGUUUCCGAACUGUCCCUUCGUCAUGGUAAACAAGGGGGACGCAUUUGUCAAGGACGUCGCAAAAAAUAACCCCCCGUUUCAAAUUCCACGUCCCCCACACCACGUGACCUCCUCACCACGGAGGGUGUCCGACCAGGAGUUGCGUGAUCUCAUGGAUACCUCAAUAGUGCAGGCCGCUCUUGAGAUGGGGAUGGAAUUAAGCAAAGUGAAGGCAGCUCUUCAGCGAAAAAUGCAGCAAACUGGGCACGCCUUUUUAACCACGGAAUCAUUACUGGACGCCGUUUUACGAAGAAGAGACCCCGAGUAUGAUUCCGAACCCGAUACAGAUGACGAUGAUGACGACGACGAUGACGUCCUCCCUCCCAGGAGAUACUGUCCCCCCGCGUCCUUCUUUAAUGGACCCAGUUCUACCGGAACGUCUCCGCAGGCUAGUAGUUCCUCUUCUUCGUCCGGCGGAAGUGGUGACGAGACGAGUCCGACAACAUGCACGCCGAGGAUUGUAAAGUCGCCAUCCAGUCAAGAUCAGCGUCACGCGGGGUCGUCGUCACCUCAAUCACAGCCAGUGCCAAGCGAAGAAUCGUCUGAAAGUGGGAAAGAAUUGGCGUCUAAAGCGGAAGACAGCUUAAAUGCGGAUCAAGUCGAGAAAGAAAAUAAUAACAUGGAAGAAGAAUUACAACAAUUACGGAAAGCGACGCAGUGCAAGAUCUGCAUGGACAACGGGGUCGAAGUGGUCUUCCUGCCGUGUGGACAUCUUGUUUCUUGCACGCGCUGUGCAACCGCCUUGUCAAAUUGCGCAGUUUGUCGCCAGCCUAUCAAAGCCUACGUCAAAACUUAUCUCGCUUAAGAAGGAAAAAAACUGCGGAUUUUCAUUUUUUUAUAUGACUCCAGUUUUUUGUAAUUUGUCGGAAUUUUAUUCAAUAUUUAUUUAUUGCUAAUUAUGUUGUAAAGGUGUAACAUUAAAUCCUAAUUACUAUUUAGUAAUGAAUUAAUCAGCAUUACAAUUACCUAUGUUUAUAAAUUGAUUAUUUAUUUAACUUCCCCUGAAAUUAAUUGAGAAUACGAUUUUAUAUGAAAAUACAAAAUUUGCAAUAUUUUUAAAGAGCGACAUUUUUUUUAACCGUUAGACCUCCAUUAAAACGUAUGAAUGUAUGUACCUGGAAAUACGAGUUUUUAACUACACCAAAUUAAUUUCUGUAUGAUUGAUUAACCGUAAUUCGUAAUGAGUAAAGGUGUAAUUUAUAUUGUACAAAUUGACUUUAAACUUAAAUAAAUAAACUUGUUUGGAUUGAAA